AUGAGAGUCAAACGCAAAACUAAAGUCCGGAAAUACCUUCGAUACUACCGCACAGUCCACGGGUUCCGCGAACCGUACAAAAUUCUCCUCGACGGAAACUUCGUCUCCGCGUGCGUCGCGCGGAAACUAGACGAUUCCGCCGCGCAUCACGUGACCAAAUUCUUAUCCGCGAACCCAUCGACGUGCAAAAUAUUCACCACGCGAGCGGUGAGGAAAGAGUUGGAGACCAUGAAAGGCGAGGACUUCGCGGAAGCCGCGAAUCAAACGCACAAGCUGUUGCUCGUGAAUGAAAACGAAAACCCCUCAGGAGGAGGAGGAGGAGGAGGAGGAAGAGAUGACGCGACGAUGAAGAAGAAUACGAAGAAAAACAACAGGAGCAGCGGGUACAUAGAGAACGUCAAAGAGAGCAUACUCGACGCGUGUAAAGAGGACAAUCGAGAACGAUUCAUCGUCUGCACGCAAGACGGAGCGCUGAAAAAGCAGUUACGAAAGGAAAGCGCGAAAGUACCGAUUAUUUUCUGCCACGUGAGCGGGUUACAGAUGGAACCGCCGGUGGACGCGGACAGUAAGAGCGGGUUUGCAGGACAGACGGAGAAAAACGAAGGCGUUUCGGAGAAAGAGAUGCGCGCGUUGUUGACGGAAAGAGAAGGAGGAGAAGAGGAAACGAGGAGCAUGUACGACGUGAAAACGAACGUUCGUUAUAAGAUGAAGAAGACGAAAGGACCGAACCCGCUGUCGAAUUUGAAGAAGAAAAAAAGAGGUGGGCCUGAUGGUCUGUCUGCGCCGGAUGUGUCCACGCCAGGAGGCGGGAAGAAGAAACGGAAAAGACGUUGA